CGGGUGGUAGGGUCCGCCGAUAGCCCUACGGGGCGCGGGUUAAUAUGUAUCCGAUAGGUGAAAAGAGCGCUGAGCUGCCAGCACUGUCCACUGUGUGCCUUCUGUCUCCGGCAGCCGGCACGCCGGAAACUGGACCUGCUCGGUGGCGAAUGUGUACGGCCGCGACGCGAUGACGGUGCGCGUGCUGGUGCAGCGUCCGGCGCGCGCCGCGGCGCCCGCCGUGCUCGGCGUCGGCCGCCACUGGGUGCGGCUCGGCUGGAGUCUGCUGGACACGGGCGCAGCGCCGCUGUUCGCGCUGCACGUGCGAUACGGAGAGCGGUCCGGGCGGGCGCGGCGUCUGUCCGUCUAUCACCUGCGGCCAGAGGUGACCGUCGACCAGCUGAGCUGCGGCACAGAAUACGCGCUGUCGGUGGCCGCCGAGAACCGCCUGGGCACCGGCCCGUUCAGCGAGACCAUCCACAUCGCCACCGAGGGCGGCAAGCCGGGCCCGCUACCGGCGGACGCGCUCUCGGCCAACGCCAGCUGCAUCCUGGUACGGCUGCACGACUGGCCGGCCGAGUGCUCCGUCCGCCGGUUCGAGGCGCGCCUGCGGCCGGCCGGCGGCGGCGCGCGCUGGCGGCGCGAGGGCCCGUUCCCGGCCGACCUGGACGUGGCCGAGCUGUGCGGUCUGCUGCCGGCCACCGUCUACAAGCUGGUGGUGAGCGCCCACAGCGCGGCCGGCACCACAGAGUCCACCGCCCGGCUGGCCACGCACGCCUCAGACGGAGCAACGAUAUCUCAGCUGCUGCCGCCAGAGAAGUCGGUCGACGUAGAGUCGCCGCUGCUCGGGCACCCUCACGUGAUCGCGCUCAUCUGCUCGUCUGUGGUGUGCGCAGUGUGUCUCGUCAUCUGCCUGACCGUGCUCGUCAGGAGGCGGUGA